UGAAGUUACAAUCGCCAUUUGUUUGAUUGCAUCUAGAUCCCGGAGAGUGGAGCAUUUGUGCACCACGACUCCAACUGGAAGCUUCUCUGGGCUGCACCAGAAAAACCCCCCGAACAGCUCCCUCGCCAGGUCUCCCCGGGAUCCGUGUUUUGCAUCGCUCCUCAAUUUGCAUUUCUUCCUCAGAUUUUCCGUGCGACGGGUUCAGCCGCUCGAAACCAGCGGGCGCUCUGCGGCUCUAUUACGACCGAGUUCAAGCUUGGCGACGGGCUAUACAUUUCAGUUUGUGCGCCUUGGUGAUAAAGACGCGUCUGGAGAUGUCGGAAGUGCUGCCUUUCAACGAAGAAAAAAUGAGUCAUUAUGGAAAUGAGGGCGACGAGGGACACCUUUCCUUCACCUGUCGUCUUCAAGACACCAACAACUUCUUCAGUGGCGCACAGAAUAAACGUCCGCCGAAACUCGGACAAAUAGGCAGGAGCAAACGGGUUGUGAUCGAGGAUGAGAAUGGCGACGACGAAGCACUGAAAAAUGGAACAGAGAAGACCCCGGCAGAGGCUUAGAGCACUUGGCUCACCACCAACCAACCCCCCCAAGACACUCUUGAAAUUUUUUAUGGCGAUAUUUACUAGUUUUAAUCCAAAGACACUGUAUAUAAGCACUUUCUCUCAUGUGGCAGCAAGCAGCACUUCCACACCCUCCUCUCCCUGUCAGUCAUGGCCAUCCGGGUGACACACACUGGCAGGGGUGGGAGAUGGCAGCGAAGGAGACCCCCAGGUGGACCCCCCCAAAACACACAAAAACACUCCCACACACACACACACACACACAAACACACACACGCCCUCGAUUACAGGGUUUCGCCAUAAAUCCAAAAGCAGAGAAGACAACGGGGAGGAGGGGGGGGCGAGAUGGAGGAAACGCUGUCGAAAUGCAGAAAUCAGGGACAGGAUACAGAUAUAAUCUAAUAUAAAACCUAAAGCACACACUUCUCCUAUAACUUACCAAGCAAACCUAUGGUACCAUUCUUUCUUCUCUUCAUUUUGAUGGAGGGCAAGUGAAUAACCGAGUUUGUAAAUAUGGAAAGGGUAGCCCAUAUUUUCUUGCACAAAGUGGGAAUCGGUAAACUGGUUUGUUUUCUGUGUUGAAGACUUUAUUUAUUAUUGAUCCUUUGGAAUAUGUCUUUUGCAGUGACUUAUGGCCCGGGGGAGUGUUUUUUGUAUGUCGAGAAAACUUUGAGCGAAUGUGAGUGAUAUUUUUUUUCACUUAAACAAUUCUUGAUGUUGCCUGAGUGUUUUUUGUUACCAUAUUUUGCAGCUAAUGAGUCAUUUAUAUACAGUGUACCUCCCACCUGUUUGUAAGCUUCCCAGGCUUUCACCUGGAUUGGUUGAUACUGUAACUUGACUGUACACACCCUAUGGAUAAACUAUUUAUAUUGCAUUGUGCAUUAUCGUGUGUGCCAAAUCUCAUGAGGGAUAUACUGUACGGGAUAACUUGUUCUUUUUUUGUGCUUUAUACAUUUACUCAUACAGUUCAGUUGUUUUGUUGGGUUGCCAUUUUUUAGGGCUCUUUUCUUAAAACACUGAAAUACCAACUCAUGCAUGGCAAAUAUGAAAUCAUGCAUGCACUGCAGAAGUUCUGAAACUCUUGUAUAUUCUUGAAGCACCUCGUAUACAGCUUUGAAUGACAAACCUCGAGAAACAGUCUUAAUUCUGCGUUGUACUGUACAAUUCACACUGAUUGGUACAGUGGCCUAAUAUCUUGUAAUAAAGAUUAUGACGAAGUAUUA